AUAUCUAUAAAAACAAGAAGAAAAAAAGCCCUUUCUCAAAAAAAAAAAAAAAAAACAAGAAUAAAAAAUCAUGAUGAUAAAAAGGAUAGAGCUGUGUAUAGAGCUUACGAAGAUGGGAAUGGAGUUCGUCGCAGUGGUGGCUGAAGCCGUCCAGAUUGUCUGGCGGCAACACCUCAACCAUCGUACUGCUCUGCCUCCUCUUCCUCUCCUCCGCCAAGGCAUCUCCCCUUCUUAUCAUGCUCCAUAUCUCUUUGGAUUUCUCCCUUGAAAACCCUUUUUUCUUCUUUUUAUAAUAUCAUUUGCUUCUUUCUCUUACUAUUUUUCUUGUAGGCUUUUAGAUGUAGUUUUUUUAAUAUUUGUAACUAUGUACACUGACAUAUUCAUUAAGAUUUGCCGUUUUCUGUCGAGUAUUUUUCUUCCUAA